AUGUCACACUCGAAGGAUCCUAUAGUUUCCACACAUACCGAUCAAGUCAGCGUAACUGUUGUACGAAAAUCCGACGGUCAAUCGAUGACAUUCGUAAUGGAUGAGAAAACUCAUGUACAUGAUUUGAAAAUGGAAUUACGAAUACGAUUACCGCCUCAAUACGAACAAGGCUGUCGGCUAAUUUUCCGUGAUAAGGUUCUCAAAGGUAGACAUUCAUUAAAACAUUAUGGCAUAAAAAAAGGCGUCAAUGAUCAAGCCAUCUCAAUGGACGAUUCAAAAGACUGGAAGUCAUCCUCGUCAUCAUCGGAUUCUGAACAAGAAAAAUAG